AGAACUUCCUAAGCAGCUGGUAAGCAAACGAGUAAAAGCAAGUGUUUAAAGUGAAACAGUGAAAGUAUGGUUUGGUGACCAGUGGCCGGUGGAAGCAACUUAGUGCGAUCGUUUGUGUCAAAAUGUAUCUCAAGCAGUGCUGCACACUGCUCAUUGUGAUCGGAUUUUCCCUCGAUCAUGUCAUGGCAGGAUUUGAGGAUCAAGCCAAGAUCUAUGCUAGCAAUGGCCACAUCAUUUUUGAGUCGGCGAUGGAUAAGAAUAUUACCUUCUAUCUGAAGGGCGGUGGACACGUGAACAUCGGUAGCCAAAGCAUUGAUCAACUACUCCAGACGGUCACCAAAAUGAUGCUCAACGGUCGUGCUUCGUUAAGCGACGGUGCUGGACAGAUGUUCCUGCCUACCGGGGGUAGUAUUGCGGAUCAGGUUCAAAUGCUGUCCACCUACGUCGGUGGUCCCUUCGGAUUGAUCAAGCGGGUAGAGAAGCUGGAGCAGGAUUCAUCGACGCGCAACGUAACACCAGUGAAUCCACGCAUCAGUGCGCUGGCACGCCGGAUAAGGGCAGUCGAGACUAAGCUUACCACGCUGCAGGAGAGCUUGCAGCAGACCGAUUACUGCCGUAGCGGUCCGUGCCAGCACGGUGGUACCUGUCUCAACAUGUACAACUCGUUCCUGUGCCUCUGUCCCAGCAACUGGGAGGGUCAAACGUGUACGACGGAUGUGAACGAGUGUGCCCAGUUCGCGGGAACCGAUCUCGGUUGCCAGAAUGGAGCAUCGUGCCAGAACCAGCACGGUGGUUACUCCUGCAUUUGUGCUGACGGGUGGCGCGGUAUUCACUGCAACACGCGCACGCAGGACUGCGCGACAUCAGGGGCAGAACUGUGUGGUCAUGGGGCGUGCGUGCAAUCGAAGGAUGGUUAUCGGUGUAUCUGUGAUCAGGGAUGGAAGACAAACGGCGUUACACCGGCGUGUAAUGUGGAUGUGGAUGAAUGUAGCGAAUCGCGGCCCCACUGCUCGAAGGAUCCGGAAGUGAGCUGCAUCAAUCUGCCCGGUUCUUUCGUCUGCGGUGCAUGCCCGGCAGGCUACACCGGGAAUGGUUUUUACUGUGUCGAUAUCAAUGAGUGCGAGACGAAUAACGGCGGCUGCAGUACGGCACCAUCGGUGCCCUGCAUCAAUACAAGGGGUUCAUUUCGAUGUGGUAGCUGUCCGGCGGGCUACGCGGGUGAUGGGAAGACAUGCCUUGCCCAGGGUUCUCGCUGUACCCCGGGUCUAUGCCAUGCGAUGGCUCGUUGCGUUGAUUAUGGUAGCGCGACACCGAACUGUGUCUGCCUGCCGGGAUACACUGGUUCCGGGUUUGGCGUUUCUGGCUGUAUCCGUAGCUCGUGGAACCCCUGCGCAAGUGCACCAUGUCGGAACGGUGGAACUUGCGUAAAAACAGAUUCCCAAAACUUUAGCUGCCUCUGUCCACCGGAUACGAAUCCACCGCUUUGUAUGCGUACCGCUUCGCCGUGUGAGUCGAAUCCAUGUCAGAAUGGUGGUACUUGUGCACCUAUGGCGAACCGCUUCGUGUGUCGCUGUCCACCAAGCUAUACCGGGCUUCGGUGUCAAGUAAUGGCCCGGGCGUGUGGUGGCAUACGGUUCGAGCUGAACGGUACACUGCGAUAUCCGGAGUCGAACGGGACGUCGUACAACCACAAUGCCCGGUGUGCGUGGUUGAUCAAAACGAAUGAAACGCAGGUCCUGAAUGUCACCUUCAGCCAGUUCCGCCUGGAAAAUCCUGUCGCUAGCGGGGAGUGUAAGUUCGAUUGGUUGCAGAUUCACGAUGGACGCUCCUCGGCGGCACACAUGAUUGGGCGGUUCUGUGGCAAUCGGUUACCGCAUGGGGGCAACUUCAUAUCCUCGCACGACAUGCUGUACCUGUGGUUCCGUUCGGAUAACUCAACCUCCCAUGAAGGCUUCACGUUGCACUGGCAGAGCAUUGAUCCGGUGUGCGGAGGUCCGAUCGGGGUCGCUAGCCACGGUGUUAUAGCAUCGCCCGGUACACCUGGUAACUACCCACCGAACCGGGACUGCAAGUGGUAUCUACGGGCCGAGCCGGGACGGCGGAUACUGUUCACCUUCUUUACGAUGAAGAUUGAAUCGCACGAAAACUGCCAGUACGAUUUCCUGCAGAUUACGGAUGGUGUGAGCGACGAUGGACCGUUGCUGGCCAAGUACUGUAACACCUCGCAUCCCGAGCCACUGACCUCGCUCAGCAACGAGGCCACGGUGUACUUCCACAGUGAUGAGGAUGGUAAUGAUGCUGGUUUCCAGAUCAGUUACGCCGUCGUCGAAGGGGUGCCCGGCUGUGGGGGCAAAUUUACGCAACGGGAAGGUACCAUCAGCUCCCCGCUCUCCCAGACGGACAACGUGUAUCCGAACAAUCUGAACUGUGAAUAUCUGAUCAGCCUACCGAUCGGGAGCCGGGUGGAGAUCCAGUUCACUAAGUUCCAUCUUGAGGCGAGCGAAGACUGCAAGUUCGACUAUCUGGAGGUGUUUGAUGGACGCACGACGGAUGACCCAUCGCUGGGCAAGUUCUGUGGUGAUCGGUUACCAGCCGGCUACACUUCCACCGGCAACGUGCUGCUUCUGAAGUUCCGCACGGAUUGGUCGGCACCGAAGCCCGGUUUCAGCCUUACCUACAAGAUCAAAUGCGGCGGUACAUUUAACGAUCCGGAGCAGGAACUUUUCUCACCCUCCUACCCAUCGAUGUAUCCGGCGAAUCAGCUGUGCGAUUACGUGAUACACGCACCCCUCGGUAAAGCGAUUGAGCUCGAGUUUCAGGACUUUGACAUCGAGAAAAACAGCUAUCCGAAGUGUGAUCUGGAUUACGUGGAACUGUACGAUGGCAUGGUACCGUCGAACCAGACCUUGCUCGGCCGUUGGUGCAGUACCAAGCCACCACCGCGAUCCAUCUCCACCAAGAACGUACUGUUGAUGCGCUUCGUAACGGACGGUUCCGUAGCGGGGCGCGGAUUUAAGGCUAACUUUACCUUCUUUAACAUUAGCUGUGGCGGUGUGCUGACGCGCGAAGACAUGAUCAUCCGUUCGCCGGCAAUCGCUGAAUCGGGCAAGUACCAGCACAAUGCCAGGUGCGAGUGGAUCAUUGUGGCACCGGCUGGCCACGCGAUACAGCUUAGCUGGAACAGCUUCGAGCUGGAGCUCAGUGGUAACUGUGUGUACGAUUAUGUGGAGAUUUUUGAUAACUCGACGCUAGCGGACAGUCUGGUGGGGCGGUACUGUGGAUCCCAGAAACCACCGGUCAUGACCAGCUCGGGCACGAUGAUCACCAUACGCUUCGUCACGGAUUCGUCCUCCUCGAAGGAUGGCUUUAGUGUUGCCUUCACCUUUAUGGAUGUGGAAAAAUCUUGCGGUGGAAACUUUUUCACGACGAACGGCAUCAUACGAUCGCCCGGCUGGCCCAACAUCUAUCCCUCGAACAAGGUGUGCGAAUGGGUCAUCAACGUACCGAUGGGCAUGCAGAUCCAGCUGCUCGUCAGUACGUUCGUGAUGGAGAAACACCGGACCUGCCGGUUCGAUGGUCUCACGAUACGGAACGGUGGGACCGAGAACUCACCCCUGAUUGGUACGUUCUGCGGUGAGCAGGACUUUAACGGUACGAUCUCCUUCGGCCAUCAGCUGUAUCUGCGCUUCUUCUCGGAUAGUUCGCGCAACUACAAGGGUUUCAUGAUCGAAUGGGCUGCCUCGACGACCGGGUGUGGUGGUGUGUUGACCGCACCGAAGGGUUCCAUCAUCUCACCCAACUAUCCCUUCCCGUAUGGUCAAAGUACGCGCUGCUCGUGGCGCAUCACCGCCAGCCAGGGAUCGGCCAUACAUAUCGUGUUCACUGAUCUCGACAUGGAGAGCCACCGGACGUGCCAGUACGACUAUCUGGACGUGUACGAUGGGUACGAUAUCGGUGGCACUAAGUUGGGUCGCUUCUGUACGACAGAAAUGGAACCGCUCGUCCUGAACACGGUCAGCAAUCAUGCGUACCUGCGGAUGCGCACGGACGAUACGAACCAUGGCCGGGGCUUCCAGUUGAAGUACAACGUUAUCUGCAAGCGCAACAUCACCGGCUAUGCUGGUGUGAUCGAAUCACCGAACUUCCCCAAUGUUUACCCACCCUCAAUGGACUGCCAAUGGACGAUCAGCGUACCGCGCGGUAACCGAAUCCGAAUCGAGUUUUCGCACUUUGAUCUGGAAUCAAUUCACCAGGGCACCACCACCAGCGGCAGCAGCAGCAGCGCCAACGAUGCCAGUGACACUAACCAUCGGUGUCCAUUCGACUACGUGAAGCUGCGUGAGAUCGGGGCGAGCGAUUUGCUAAUAGAGCGUAGUUACUGUGCAUCCCGGCCACCAUCAUUCGUGAGCUUGGGCAACACGAUCGAUGUGAUCUUCCGCACGGACAACAGUGGCGAACAGAUGGGUUUCCGGCUCGAUUGGACCAUCGAAGGAUGCGGAGGGCAGCUAAGCAAACCGAUCGGAUCUCUGUCCACACCGAACUACCCGCAACCGUAUCCGAAGGAAACGGAAUGCCUUUGGACGAUCGUGGCGCAACCGGGCCAGCAGAUCGAGCUGACCGUGCAGGAGUUCCACAUGGAGACGAGCGAUAACUGCCGGUUCGAUGGGUUGAUGAUCGCGAAUGAUGCCAACUAUUCACAGCUUAUCACGACCGUUUGUCACGAGCAGACUGAACCGAUCCGGGUGGUUAGUGCGGGCCACGUACUGUACGUCAAGUUCUACAGCGACAGCUCGUACUCGUAUCGUGGGUUCACUGCGAGCUACAGGACGAAACCGGCCGUUUGCGGUGGAAUGUUCCUGCUGCAUGAGGGUAGUUUCACUUCGCCCAACUAUCCGGCGACCUACCCGAUGAAUGCAUCCUGCGAGUGGCUCAUCAAGACGGAUGCCUCACACACACUGCAGUUCAAGAUCGAUGAGCUGGCCAUGGAACGAUCACCCAACUGCACGAGUGAUGCGCUCCGGGUGUACGACGGUAGUAUGCGAGCGGAUAAUAAGCUGCUGCUGACGGUUUGUGGUCCGGAACCGAACAUCACCAGCAUCUCCUCGAUCGGGCACGAGCUGUUGGUUACCUUCGAUUCGAACGAUCAGUUCGGCAGCAAGGGCUUCAAGGCUAGCUACGCUACGAACUGCGGUUCACGGAUCGUGGCCAAUGCACCGGGCACCAUUCAGCUGAAGAAUGCGCACAAGACAAAGUCGGACAACUGUACGUGGGUGCUGGUGGCACCGCAGGAAUCGCAACACAUUACGCUGACCAUCGGCCACAUGAGCAUCAUGGAUUCGGAUGGUGACUGUUACGCGACGAUCGCCGUGUACGAGGGUGAAGAUAGCGAGGGGCCGGCACGCUUCGAAGGCUGCGGUAACCGGGUACCGCCGAGCAUCGUUAGCCGCGGUAACGCGCUGACGGUGGUGAUCAGUUCGGCCGAUCUGUUCUUCUCCAAGCUGGACAAUGUGUUCGUGGAGAUCAGCUACACCACACUGGACAAUGCUUGUGGUGGCCGGUUAGGAUCGCUGACGGGUGAGAUCGCCUCACCGAACUAUCCGGAUUCGUACCCGGCGAAUGUGGAGUGCGUCUGGGAGGUGGUAGCAUCGCCCGGUAACAAGAUUUCGCUGUACGUGCAAGAAAUCGACAUUGUACCGUCCGACGAUUGCAAUGGUGAUUAUCUGGAGGUGCGCGAACAGAGUGCGGACGGUACGCUGAUGGGUGAUUUCUGCGGAACGGUACCACCGACCAAUCUGACCAGCGCUAGCAGCUUGUGGAUCAAGUUCCGGUCGGCCGGACCAACGGUUGCCAAAGGAUUUUUGGCCGAAUACUCGUACGACUUGUUGAGUGAGCUGAGUGGCGUUAGCGGCACCAUCUCGUCGCCACUGUAUCCGAGGAGUUACUCACGCUCCGAGAUCGUUAGCUGGCGUAUCUCGGUCGAGUUGGGUUCGGUGAUUGCGAUGAGUUUCACCAAAUUCGCCGUCGAUCGUGCCAGCGAAACGCCGGCAAUGUGUGACGGAUCGCUCACGAUUUACGAUGGAUACGAUGACGGUGCUGCGGUGCUACUGGCGGCCUGUGGCUACGUCAAACCGGAUCCCGUGACAUCGACCACGAACGUAGUGUACGUCGUGCUGGACCAUACCGAUGUCAUGGAUUCGUCCUCGUUCGCGCUGAUCUGGCAGCAGAAGGUGGCAAGCAGCGUAGCGUCGAUUACGGCUGCCGUCAACACGGAGCUGUUCUGCGGUGGCCACAGCGUAAUAGCGUUCAACGAUACCGACACGGUGUACAAUGUGACCUCACCCGGUUACCCGUACGGAUACAUGAACGGGCAGAACUGUAGCUGGAUCUUCCAAUCGACCAUCCCGACCUACCAUCCAUUCCUGUUUUUCGAUCUGGUCGAUCUCGAGGAAUCGAGUGAAUGUGUGUCGGAUUACGUGGAGGUGUUCGGUUCCAGUGAUCUCGCCACUUGGAAAUCGUACGGACGCAUCUGUACCUACGGUUACCGGGUACCGCGUACCUUCCACGGGGCACCCCAUCUGAGACUGGAUUUCCGUACCGAUUACUUCCUCAAUCGGACCGGAUUCGCUGGUAAGGUGCUGCUGCGCUGUGGCGGUUACCUGACCGAUCCGAACGGUGUGAUAACACAGCCGUCAGCUUCACCCCUUCCCAACACGUGGCCAACACGGAUGAUAUGGAUGGACCAAACGGACGUUUGUAGCUGGAAUAUUAGUGUCCGAGCCGGGCGUACGAUUGAGUUCAGGUUCGAGCAGCUGAACAUCAGUUCAAGCGGUGCACGUCCCGGUUCGGUGACGAUCCGUAACGGCAUCGACGAGUAUUCGCCGAUGAUUGGUGUGUACAGUGGUAUCGAUCUACCGAGCACGCUGACCACCGUUAGCAAUCGGGCCUUCGUACGCUUCCGAAUGAGCAGCGGAGGGCCCAGUUCGUUCCGUUUGGUGUACCGGGAGCUCUCGGUCGAGUGUGGGGGUAACGUUCUACUAAAACAGCAAUACAACAGUGUCCUCUUCACGACACCCAACUACCCAUCGUUGCCACCGCCGCACAGUGAGUGCAUCUGGACGGUGCUGGCUCCGGCCGGGGAGCUACUGCAGCUCAAGUUCCUCGAUGAUCCACAGUAUAACCGGAAUUCGCUCUGUCAGCGUGAGUACGUUGUGGUGCGGGACGGACUGACGCAAGCGGCACCGGAACUGCUGCACUCGUGCAGCAAUGAUCUUACGCGCCCCGUCGUUUCGACCACCAACGCACUGAUGGUGAAGUACUUCAACGAGCUUGCCGAUUCGAAAGGCCCCCUACGUAUCAACGUGACGCUCACCAAGUGUGGUGGCUUUUUCCGUGCCACAUCCGGUACGAUCACGUCCAAGAACUACCCGCUGGUCGGUGGCUAUCCGGCGUCGAGUAUGUGCGAGUACCACGUACAGCUACCGGGUCUCGGUAGCGUGGAACUUACGUUCCAGGAUCUUCAUUUACCGGGCAAACAAUCGGACAACUGCACGGACAGCGAUAACGUGCAGCUGUACGCGGUUGUACCGGGGGCGAACGAAACCGGUCGGCUACAUCUUGGUACAUUCUGCGGCUCACAGGUACCAGCUCUACCGAUUACCAGCAUCAUACCGAACGUGAUGGUCGUGUUCACGACCUUCGAUCACAACACCAUAUUCCGGGGAUUCAAAUUAAACUAUGCGCUCAACUAUAGCCGCUGCAGUCACUCGAUUCGUGCGCAGGCGGGUGAGGUAACGAGCCCCGGAUACGGUACCCAGCUGACGCCGCAAGCUUUCUGCGAGUGGCGCAUCACGGUACCCGAGGGCAGACGGGUGAGGUUGGAGUUCCUUGACUUCGAUCUCGAGAUGGCCCCGGACCAAUUCAACGUGGGGCGAUUAUCGUUCUAUGACGGUGCUAACAAUUACGGGAAUCGUAUUAAGAUGAUCACCUCGCUCGAUGACCUCACGCCGGUCUACUCGAGUGGUAACCAGAUGCUGGUUCAGUUCUACUCGAGAAGCACAACCGGACGACGGGGAUUCAAGUUGCGCUUCUCGAGCGAUGAGCCCACGAUAUGCAAUGGAAACCUGAACGGGUUACAGGGGACGAUCGAGACGCCUGCCAAUGCCAGUACCCUCGUGUGUUCGUACCGUCGAACCGAUGGUGCGCUAUCGCGCGAUCCAGAGCAGCGGCAGGUUGGAACGUUGGCGAUGAACUUCCGCGAAGUCGUGUCCGGUCCGUUCCAGCGUAUGUGUAUUGAGGUAACGGCUAGUACGAGUGUCGCCGGUGGACAGCAAAUGAUCAAGAGGUUCUGCAGCAACAGCACAACCCCGCAGAUGCUCCUUUCGCCCUUCCCCAGCACGGCCGUUCACGUGCAUCGUGGCGGUUACAUGAAUCAGGCAGGAUUCAAGAUGGACUAUGUCGUGCAUGAGUGCGGUGGACGGUUCGGACCAUCGACCGUUAACAUUAGCCGACCGCAGGGUAACUUCGGUAGGGAUGUAGCCCUACACUGUGCCUGGCACGUAACCUAUCCGGAGGAAACACUGAUCAACAUCACGAAGGGUCGCUUCGCGUUCAAGCUGCCCUGCGAACAGGAGUAUCUGAUGGUUUACAACGGAGCGCUACCGUCGAGCCCGUUGCUCGGACGGUUCUGUAAGGAUCAACCGUUAGAAGGAUCGUUUGCCACCUACAAGCAUCAGCUGUUUGUCGAGUAUCACACGACAUCGCCUAGUGCUGGCGGAGACUUUGAGCUGCGGCUGGCGAGCAAAGCGUUCGGAUGUGGCGGAACGAUUCACUCCGGGAUGGCCGUGUUCAGUGCACCGUUGACCGGUAGUAAGUAUCGGCCGAAUGUGGAGUGUGUGUGGGUGGUGCGCGCUAACGAGGGACAACACGUGGGCAUUACCUUUAUCGAUCGGUUCAGCAUCGAGAAGAGCCCGAACUGUUCGAAGGACUCGAUCGAACUGUUCGAUCAGGUGAGAGGCGAUUGGGUAAGCCUGGGUCGCAUCUGCGGUAAAGCGUUACCGGGUGUAUUUAACUCCACCGGCACUACGAUGAAGAUUGUCUUCCGGACGGACAAUGAGACCGAGGGCGAUGGUUUCACCAUUCGCUGGGAGUCGAACUGUGGAGGAAUUUUCUACGCUGACGACCAACCGAAGACGAUCGUAAGCCCGAACUAUCCGGAGAACUACAAUUCGAUGCAGGUGUGCAACUACACGAUCCUCGCCAACAAAACCGACGCUAAUAUUGAGGUGAAUUUCCUCGACUUUGAACUGGAGGAUACACUGAUAGGAUCGGUCUGCCGGUACGACAAUCUGACCAUCUACCGAAAGCAGGAGUACAUCGAACCGCUGGCAUGGGAAAAGAUAGGUACCUACUGCAGGAAGACGGGUCCUACUAGGUUCCGGUUGAAGGAUCGCACUGCGAUCAUCUUCCAAACUGAUCGCUACCUGCAGGCACGUGGUUUCCGGUUCGAGUACCGGCUUAGUGCGUGCGGUGGUAACAUCAGCAGCACCACACGUAUUCAUAGCCCGGAGAAUCUGCUACCGGAUGGAACGUUCCGACCGGCAAUGAUAUGCCGUUGGUAUAUAGCGAUCCCGUCCGGUCAGAAAGUGACGGUACGGUUCGAAAGCCUAACCGUAGAGCACACUACGGGUUGCUACUUUGAUGCGGUCGAAGUGUACAAGGGCCUGGAAUUGACGCCAGCGAAUCGUUUAGCGAUGCUGUGCGGUAACCUGACAGCCCAUGCACCGGCCGUACCGAUCAGCGGAAGCCACGGUGUGGUUUCGUACAAAAUGGAAUCCUUCUCCUCCUCGACAGCGCAAAUGUCCGCCCUCAUCCUGUACAGUGUCGAUUGUGAUAAGACAAUCACGCUGGAUGAUAAAUCGCCACGCUACAAUCUGAACGUCCUGGGCAGUGGCAACGAUCGGGUGCAGGAUUGCCACUACACAUUCGAGGUGCCCGUGGGCUACACGGUGCAGGUAACGUUUGAGCAGUUCCACGUUGGAACGUCACGCAACAGGAGCGACUGUACGGAUGACUAUGUGGAACUGCGCGAUGGUGGCAGUGGUUUUGCCGAUCAGCUUGGGCGGUACUGUGGUGCCCGGUUACCACCGGUGCAGACCAGUUCCGGGCCGACACUGUACCUCCGCUACGUAACCGAUUCGGCUCUGCAGGGAACACUCUUCGAGGCCACCGUUACCAUGGUACCCUCGCUCUGUGGACCGAUGGUACACAAUCUAACCGAAGGGCGCGACAUCACGCUCAAUACACCAAUGGUUAACGGUAAGUAUCCGCCGAAUGUGAAGUGCUUGUGGCUGAUUAAGACAUCGUCCGAGAAGCAGCUUGAGCUGGAUUUCUUAGCGAUGGAUCUGCAAAGCUACGACAAAGCCAGCGGCGAAUGUAAGGACUACAUUGGCAUCCGAGAUUAUUCGAUGAAAACCGUUAUCUACGAAGGACUCGGAGAAAACGUCAUUUUCAAUGGCCGCGCCACUGAUAAGGCGGCCUUCUAUUCGGGAACCCGGUAUGCGACGGCCUAUCACAUGUACUGCGGCAGCAGCGUUCUACCGAGCCCGUACAUCUCGAUGACGAACCAGGUGUACGUAAAGUUCGAGAGUGACUCUGCGGUCGAGGGCAAGGGUGUAUCGCUGCACGUGCGAGAAAGCAGCGUUUGCGCCCGGAACUACACCCGACUACAGGGCCGUAUCUUGCAGAGUGAAGUCCCGUCGAAGGUCGUUUGUACGAUCACGAUUCAGGUGCCGGUCAACUACACGAUCGCGGUUUACUUUAACAACUUCUACCUCUACAACGUGGAAUGUGAUAAGCACGGUCUCAAGGUGUUCGAUGGAAUGGACGAGAAUGCUACUCCCGUGAUCGAACUGUGCAACUUUGUAACCCCGAACCCGGUCUUCAGUACCGGCAAUGUGCUGCGCUUUGUGAUGCCGGCUACGCAGAAGGACUAUGCUACGCUGCUGCUGGAUGCCACAUAUGUGGCCACGGAUCAGGGCCAGGGUUGUGGUGGGGAGGUGUACAAUUAUGGCGGCAUCUUGACCAGUCCGCUCUAUCCGUUCAACAAUCGGACGCGUAUGCAGUGCUCGUGGACGGUGAGUGUCCCGAACAAUCUGGUCGUCGCGUUGCGCUUCGAGACGUUCGAUCUGGGCAGCAAUUCGACGUGCGCCACGGAUUACCUGCAGGUGUACGAUCGGGUGGACGGCGCACAGGAGGAAAUGGCUGUGCGCAAGCAUUGCGGUAACGAUAAGCCAGCCAACUACGUUAGCAGCAACAGCCAGCUGCGUCUGCUGUACAAGAAGACGCAGAAUUUUGCCGGCGUUGGGUGGAUGAUCAAAUUCAUGGGUGUCGAAGCGGGUACACCCGUUCAGGAGUACUGAGCAGCGUCGCCCGAACAUCCUCACUAAAUAACCUAUGUAACAUUGCAGCUAAACGGUGAAAAUGUGAACGAUGCAAUAAAUCUAUUAACAAUUCUUUCAGCAGUCUA